GGUUUGCUGGUUGGUAUUUUUUCACGUGAAGAGCACAUGAGAGAGCCUGACUUCCGUCACUGACUCGAUCAAUUUCCCUUCUCAACCUCUCUCUUUUAGUCUUUUCUUAGUUUAGUGCGCUCUUCCCAAGAGAUCGUCCCUUCUCCAAAUUCAAUAGAGCUGAACCGCUGACGCCCCCAAAUUGGUCGUCUAAAUCAUCUCAAUCCUUACUAGUCGGUCUUAGGCCUCCAUGGACAAUCGUUCAGGCGCCAUUUCAACGCCGAACGAUUCGUCCGUCUCCUCACUCCGAAACACGGCCAACACGGCCAACAGCGGCAAACUUCAGACUACCUCGACCCUCCCCGCUCCUCCAUCCGGUUAUCCUUCGACAAAGAAUGUCCCUACCUCCAUGAUGGAUGUUGAUAACACCACAGUAGCGGAGGAUCGUUCACGUCGAGCUACUAGUGUUCUCUCCAUGGAUGAUAUCGAGGCGGCGCAGGCCCUGGAGGGGCUCCGUACGGAAUACGGUCAACCUCCUCGAAACGUGUCGCAACAAACCUCCAGUUCUGAUUCCAAAUCGCAACCCGAACCCCUCUUAUCAUUGCUCACCUCGACUCAUCCUCUGAUAUCCUCCGCGAUUAACGGAUCCGUCUCGGCGUACACCAGCUCGAAAUCAUACUCACCUCGCUUCAAAUCGGGCGCCGAGUUCCUCGAACGCAACAUUGGCUCCCCUGUCGCCAACACCGUUGGUUCGGUUGGCCGCAAAACCGGAGUCGAGAGUGGCCUUCGAUGGGCGCUGCAGCGUCGUGGAUCCGGCUCAAAUGAUCCCAAACGAUCUAAGCGUCGCAAAGUGAGCGGAGACAAACACCCAACAGAAGUAGACUUGGAAAAGGGCUCUGAUGAAACCACGUCGUCUCGCCGCGGGCGUAGCUCUUCUGACCUGUCCAUGGGCGAGCCCCUCCCGCCAUAUGACGAUCAGACGUCACCCAGCUACGAGGAGGUUGGUCGGGAAAAUUCUUCGCGACCGAACCCCACGUGGCAAAGUCGAUUGGUGAUCUCCACCUCGGGAUUGGGUGUUGCCAUGAGCGAGGAGUCCCUCCGCAGCUUGCAGUAUUGUUUGACCUGGUUGCGAUGGGCAAACGGACGGCUAGGCAAAGCCAUCGUGGCCUUGCAGGGCGCUCUGAAGGAAUGGGACAAUGCCAAGAAGAAUAAUGAUACUACCCAGGAUACCUCUUUGCUGUCCCAGCGUAUCCAGGCCGUCCGGGAGGACGUCUUGUCGACCUUGAAGCAGGUUGUAGACGUCGUCUCCAAGUAUGCCGGAGGUGCAUUGCCGGAGAAUGCCCGAAACUUAGUCCGCCGACACCUCACUUCCCUACCGCAUCGGUUCCAGGUCGCUUCGACGUCCAACCCUCCACCCGAUUCGAGUGCGGCAUCCUCUGACGCCACAAUCGGCGCUCAUCGCAUCUUAGUUCUUGCGCAGGAAGGCCUAGACAUGAUGUCGCAGGUGAGCGGAGUAGUGAAUGAUACUCUCGUCAGCGCGGAGCUUUGGUGCGAGCGGUUGGGCAAGAAGCGGCCCGACAGCAAACCCCAGAACGAAGCUAAACAGCCCGAGUCGCACAAUGCGUCGUUUCCGCCUGAUGUGAAGCAGCCUAUUCGUGAGCCUUCCCAAGAUGUUCCAAUGACUGGGACAGACGAGAAGGUAUAGACAUGGGAAGCAAUCAAUUUCAUAUGGCCUCACAGUUAUUGCUCAGCGGGCACUGAGAAAUGCGCUGCCUACUAUCGGGCUGGCGAGGCUAUGGUUGGUUCAAGCUCGCGAUUCACCAGAUCUUACUAUUUGGGAUGGUACAUAUGACGUUGAGAACACGUCCUAUUGAAACAUCUCGGAUCAGUCGUUUGUUUAACUUCCUUUCGGACUUUCUUUCGUUUUCACUCUUUCUUUACCUUUCUUUCUUUUCCCCUGUAAU